AUGGGUUCAAUGCCAAUGAACGACAUUUACACAGGCGACAUUGCCGUAAUUGGCAUGUCCUGCAGAUUUCCCGGCAAUUGCCAAGAUGUCGACAAAUUCUGGAACUCAAUAGCCAGUGGCGAGUGCGCAUGGAGAGAAAUUCCAAAAGACCGGUUCAACGGUGAUGCAUUUUGGAGUCCUUCUGAGCACAGACGAAGCAACAGCAGCAAAACCAAGUCUGGUUUUUUUCUAAAAGACGAUGUUGCUCGCUUCGAUGCCGGAUUCUUUACACUCCCAAAAGCCGAGGUCUUGGCUAUGGACCCGCAGCAGCGCCUGCUCAUCGAGGUAGCAUAUGAGGCUCUCGAGGCUGCUGGUCUUCCUCUGCAACGCAUCGCAGGCUCGCGGACAGGCGUGUUCGUCGGUGUCCUGACAGACGACUACUACAACAUCCUCCGCAAAGAUGCGGAUAACAUGCCUACGUACACAUUAGCUGGCAACCAUGCAACUACCAUGGCGGGUCGGCUUUCUUGGCUGUGGGAUCUCCAUGGACCGUGUUUGACUCUUGAUACAGCUUGCUCAAGUAGUCUUGUAGCAUUACACACGGCUUGCCAGAGCAUUCGAGCCAUGGAGAGCGACAUGGCCAUUGUUGGUGGAACAAACCUCAUGCUUUCACCUGAUAUGUUCAAAGUGCUAAGUAGUGCAUCAUUGCUAGCUCCAGACGGGAGGAGCAAAGCUUUCGAUGCAUCUGGUGAUGGUUAUGGAAGAGGUGAAGGUAUUGGGGCAUUAGCGCUCAAGCGAGUUGAAGAUGCAGUGCGCGACGGAGACCCUAUCAGAGCAGUAAUAAGGGGAACGUCCAGCAACCAGGAUGGCCACACCAAAGGCCUCACUCUGCCAGAUUGGAGAGCACAAGCGGACUUGAUCCGCGAUGCAUAUGACCUAGCUGGCCUAGGGUUUGAACAAACCGGAUAUAUCGAAGCCCAUGGCACCGGAACACAAGCAGGUGAUCAAGAGGAAACCAAGGCCCUCUCAACUACGAUUGCAGCCGGGAGAUCAGCUGCCGAAAAGCUGGUGAUCGGUUCGGUCAAGUCAAACAUUGGACAUCUUGAGGCCUGCGCAGGCCUUGCAGCAAUGGUCAAAGCUGUCCUUGUCCUUGAACACGGGCUGAUCCCCGGCACCAUCACAGUUAAGAACAUCAACCCAAAGAUUCCGCUUGACGAUUGGAAACUGGCCAUACCUAGCACGCUAGUGCCCUUCCCAGAGCGCCAAGGCAUCCGUCGUGUCAGCGUGAAUGGGUUUGGUUUCGCCGGCACCAAUGCGCAUGUAGUGAUGGAUGACGCAUUCUCGUACCUGAAAGCCCGGCAGCUCAAUGGAAUUCACAGCACACGCAAUGGCCAGGACCAAAGAUUACUACAUGGAACCGUUAGUAAUGGCCACUCGAACGGGACGACGGGCAAAGUUGCCAAUGGCCAAGCAAGUACCUUACCUCUCGUGUUCUCUCUGAGCGCCCAAGACAAAGAUGGCAUCGAUCGAACCAAACAGCAGCUAGUCGAGUAUCUCCAGACCAAAACAGGGACAAGCGAAAAGCUUGAGCAGAAAAGCUUCAUGGCUGACCUGGCGUACACCUUGAACUCACGACGCACUUUGCACCAGUGGAAGUCUUUCGCAACAGCAUCUUCCGUUGGAGAUCUCCUACAAACUCUGCAGGACAAGGAAACCCCAUCGCCACAGUAUCUUUCUGCAAACCGGCCGCCCAGUCUAGGUUUUGUGUUUACCGGGCAGGGAGCUCAAUGGGGUGGCAUGGGCAUGGAGCUCAUGGUCUUUCCCACAUUUGCUGAGAGCGUACGCGCCGCAGACGAAUACCUGGUGUCCGAAUUGGGCUGCGAAUGGUCUGCUGAAGAGGAACUCCGGAGACCAAAGGGCCAGUCUCAGCUGGGUAUCGCCGAGUACAGCCAGACACUCUGCACCGUCCUGCAAGUGGCAUUGGUAGAUCUCCUCAAGCAGUGGGGGAUUGAGCCCAAGGCGGUAAUUGGUCAUUCCAGCGGCGAGAUUGGAGCGGCGUAUUGCCUCGGAGCCUUGGCUAGGAAGGACGCAUGGAAGAUAGCGUUCUACCGCGGCAUUUUGUCAAGCAGCCUCAAAGAGCUAUCGCCGAACACGCAUGGGGCCAUGAUGGCUGUGGGAGCAUCUGUUGAACAAGCAGAAGCUUUGAUCAAACGCAUAGCCCCCGGCCAAGUCACCGUUGCUUGCAUCAACUCGCCUUCAAGCGUAACUUUGUCAGGCGAUGUCGCUGGAAUCGAUAAGCUCACCGAAGUCAUCAGCCAAGAAGGUAUCUUUGCGAGGAAACUUCAAGUCGAUACAGCAUACCACUCACAUCACAUGGAGGCCAUUGCCUCUGCCUACUUGGAGGCUAUUGAUGAUGUGCAUACUCAGUCUGGCAAUGGCCAAUGUGUCAUGUACUCGAGUUGUACAGGUACCAAGGUUCAACCAAGCGAGUUGGGUCCAGCGCACUGGGUACGAAAUCUUGUUUCUCCAGUCAGAUUUGCUGGCUCCGUGCAGGAUAUUAUUCGCCCACCCAACAGUGACAAGACGGGUGGAAGAGCAAAUGUAAAUGCAGUCGAUGUCCUCGUUGAAGUAGGUCCGCAUUCUGCUCUCCAGGGCCCUUCGUUACAAAGCCUGAAGGAUAUAGGCGUUACCAACGUGCCAUAUCGUUCUGUUCUUUUGCGUUUUGAGGACGGUGUCAAGACUGCUCUCAGCUUGGCUGGAGACCUACACGCGCAGUCUGUUCCUAUUCGGCUCGAGCAGGUCAACGACCUUGCUACCGUAGCUCGUUUGGCAUCUCGCAAGCCUCAUACUCUGGUUGGUCUCCCCUCGUACCCAUGGAAUCACAGCCAAAGAUAUUGGGCCGAAACACGAUGGGCUAGGGAGCAGCGCUUGCGCAGGUUCCCACACCUCGCUUUGUUAGGAGCACCCAUUCCGUCGCCCACUGCUGGCGAGCACACUUGGCGUGGAUAUAUGCGCACCAAAGAUGAGCCUUGGCUGAGUGAGCACAAAAUCCAAGGAAGCACCAUAUAUCCCGCUGCCGGUUUUCUUGCCAUGGCCAUCGAGGCUGCGAUGCAAAUGUCGAGUCGGGACCGGAAAGUGAGUGGCUUUCAUCUCCGCCAUGUCCAGUUUGUAUCACCCAUGAUGAUCGAGGAGGACGAAGACGUCGAGUUCUCGAUUGUGUUGAGACCGCAUCAAGCAGGCACAAUGAGUACAGCCAGCACUUGGACUGAGUUUAUCGUCUCAAGCUCUCCGGAUGGCCAGAGGUUUGAACGUAACUGCCUUGGUCUCCUCGAUGUAACAUACGCGGGUGAGCGUGAGAGCACAGAGAUGGCAGCUGACAAGACGACCCUGCAACGCUGCGCAAACGAGGCCCAAGAUCUUUGUACUACCAGGCUUGAUGUCGCUGACUUUUACACACAUCUCGCAUCUAUUGGGCUUACCUACGGGCCAAACUUCAGAAAGAUCAGUGCCAUUUCAAGACGUGGCCAGUCCGGUGGUGGCCAGAGCAGUGGUUGUGUCGACGUUCCUGACGUCGGCCUGAAUGACACCUCAUAUUCUCUGGAUGGGGUCAGACCACACGUUGUACAUCCGGCCCUUCUGGAUGCUGUCAUUCACAUGGCAUUUGCUGCAAUGGAUGUGAAGAAGGCGUGGAUCCCAAAAUUCGUCGACGACGUUGUCAUCAACAUGGAUGUGCCUUGGUCUGCUGGUGAUCACAUUGCAGGUUUCUGCAAUGCCCAGGAUUAUGGCGCCAAAGAAUUUAAAGCAGAUAUUUUCAUGCAAAAUCCAAACACGCAAGCUCCAGCGAUCAAGCUGAUCGGUCUGUGCUAUGCAAGCCUAGCGGAUGAAGCAGAAAACGACGGAGGCGCCACCAAGCCAAAGAGCGUGUGCGGGAAACUGGAUUGGAAGCCUGCCUUGAGUCUGCUGGACCCACAAGACAUCAUCUCUGCAAUUGAAACUGAGCUUUGUAAUGGAACUCAGUGCACUGUAUCAGCUCUGUCCAAGGUGUCCAAGUUCAUCGACCUAUGGCAUCAUGAAAACCCAGACAUGAAGAUCAGUGAAGUAGCAAGCUCUAGCCGCCCAUUGCUACCCGAAUUGAGCAUCACCCGUAGCGUGUUCUCAACUAGCAAGUACGAAUGUGUCUGCUCUGAUGACCAGAAGGAGGCGAUACAGGAAGUGCUGGAUAAGAUGAAUGGUCAGAACCUCAACUUCGAGCUGAUAAGCACUGCCGAGGCUUUGCAACCAAACAAGCUAAAAUCCGACUUCGUUAUAGCUUCUCACAUGGGUGAGGGCGAAAAUACCAAGGAAGAGCUCAAUACACUGAUUGAAUCUCUGGACGGGGAGCAUCGCCAUACUCUUUGUCUUGUCGAUACUGCAGAGACCGCCGACAAGCUUGCAUCCAUCUGCUCCGCCAACUCGAGAAUUACUGAAAGACUGCAGUUCAAAGACGACAAACUCGUUGCGAAAAUCUUUGAAGUGCAGAAGCACAGUUCAAACCACACCAAUGGACACUCGGAGCCAUCUGAUAUUAUCAUCCUGAGUCCACAAAGCAAGAGUCCAGAACUGGAAGUGUUUGAGAACACUCUGCUCCAAGCUUUGACUGCGAACGGCCGCACAGGCAAAGUGCUUGUUUGGGAUGGAAUCUCAGAUGAAGCUGUUCGGGAAAGGCCUUGCAUUUCGCUCGUCGAGUUCGAUAAGCCCCUCCUCGGUGAUCUCAGUGAACAAGACUUUGCCCUGAUGAAGCGAACUGUGCUCCAGGCUUCACACUUGACCUGGGUGACGGGAGCAGAUGAUGCGAUGGCUGGUGGUACUCCCAUGGCCGCCAUGAUGAUUGGAGUCAUGCGCACUCUGCACAACGAACUUCUCGCUCUCCAACCACUCUCCAUUCUGGUUGAUAGAUCGAGCAAAGAGGGCCAGCUUGCACGAUCCGCUACCGUCACCGCAGAGAUAUUCUGCGGCAGGCAUAUGGAGAGUACUACGAGCACUCUUCCUCCGGAUCAUGAGUUCCAGAUUCGCAACGGGAUUCCCUACAUCUGUCGUGUACUUGAGGACGAGACCAUCAAUGAGACUUUGCAUCUCAACACCAAUCCCAAAGAAUCAUCCAUGAUCGAACCUCUACCCAUUAGCGCUGCUACAGCAGCUAUUGAGCUGGCUGUCGGAAAGCCAGGUCUUAUUGACUCGAUCCGUUUUGAGCCCAAGUCGGAUGCAGGUGCGCCUCUGGAUGCAGACGACAUUGAGAUUGCAGUCGCGGCAUCUGGCUUGAAUUUCCGCGAAGUCAUGACAAUUAUGGGUCUAUUGCCAUCCACAACCCUGGGUUUGGAGGCAGCAGGCACCGUGAUGCGUGUAGGAAGUGGCGUCACACAUGUCCAGAAGGGCGACCGAGUCGCUCUGCUUGGGAACGGUGCUCACAGCACGCUGUUCAGAAGCAAGGCAAAUUAUGCGUUCAAGCUGCCAGAGAGCAUGUCUUUCGAAGAAGGAGCUAGCCUGCCAGUGACAAGUUACACAGCUUGGUAUGGUGUCGUUUACAUUGCUCGAGCACGGAAGGGGCAGAGCAUCCUAAUCCAUGCUGGUGCAGGCGGUGUUGGACAAGCGGCACUACAGAUCGCAAGGCACUUGGGUUUGGAAGUCUUCACUACAGUCAGUAGUCCAGAAAAACGACAGCUCGUCCAAGACCAGUAUGGUGUCGCCGAGGACCACAUCUUCAACAGCCGCGAUUUGGAGUUCGCCCAGGGAGUGAGGCGCAUGACAAAUGGAAGGGGCGUAGAUAUCGUUCUCAACUCUCUUGCAGGCGAAUCAAUGCGACGCAGCUGGGAGUGUAUUGCUCCAGGCGGCCAUUUCGUCGAAAUUGGUUUGCGAGAUAUUCUGGACAACACCCGCCUGGAUAUGCGGCCAUUCCGUUACGGCGCCACCUUCUCUUUCUUUGAUCUCAAGGACAUUUGGGACAACCGUCCUGCUCUUAUGGCCGAGAUCGUACAAGGUACCGAGCCGUUGCUCACACAAGGCAUAAUCAAGCCAGCAGCCCCUUUGCUUACACACACCAUCUCUGAGAUGGAAAAGGCAGUGCGGCUGAUGCAGUCGGGCAGACACACGGGCAAAAUUGUGUUGCAGUGGAAGCCUGAGCAUGUCGUACCAACCCUACGCUGCCCUUCGCCGCCUAUGGAACUUGACCAGAACGGUGUCUAUGUUCUGGUUGGAGGUCUGGGAGGGCUGGGACGCUCUCUUGCCAAAAUGCUUGUUGCUGAUGGCGCGCGCAAGCUGUGUUUCCUCAAUCGUUCGCGUAACCUUUCAAAGGAUGCUGAGCAACUCCUCGCCGAACUGCGAGGGAAAAACAUUGCAGUUUUGCCCAUACCCUGCGACGUUUCUUCGGAAUCUUCUCUGAAGACUGCCUUUGCGCAAGCCGAAUCUGAGCUUGACGGCCCCAUCCGUGGCUGUUUCCAAUGCGCAAUGGUUCUCCGUGAUGUUUUAUUCGAAAACAUGACCUACGCAGACUGGGUUCAAUCGACACGUCCAAAGGUCCAGGGAAGCAAAAACUUGGACGACCUUCUUCCCGAAACGACUGACUUCUUCAUCAUGCUCUCAUCUUUCUGCGGCGUUUUCGGCAAUCGUGGCCAGGCCAACUACGUCGCUGGUUGCGGCUUUCAAGACGCACUGGCUCACUCCCGUCGCACACGCGGCAAGCACGCCGUGAGCAUCGACCUGGGGCUCAUGCGUGAAGUCGGUCGCCUGGCCGAAGAGGGCGCUGUGGGCGAUAUUGCGCAGUGGGAGAAGGUAUGGGGCAUCCGCGAGCACGAGUUUGUCGCCUUGAUGAGGCUUUGCAUGACACCCGACCAAACAGGGGCUCAGCUGCCAACAGGCCUGGGAACCAAGGCGGCUUCAAUCGCUGCAGGUAUCGAGCCACCGUACUACUUUGAUACAGAUGCCCGCUUCGGGAUUGUGGCUCGCAUGGGCGCUGCCGAGCUUGAUGACGGAGCCAAGGCGGGAGGAGGUGGUGCAGAAAAAGAAGCGCUUUCUGCUCUUCUUUCUAAAGCAAAGAACCUGCCUGAAGCAACAUCAGCGGUCCUUUCUGCACUGGUACUACGCGUAUCCAAGAUGCUGGGUGUCCCGCCAGAAGAGCUCGAUACCGGUCGCUUCUUACACAGCUAUGGUGUUGAUUCUUUGGCUGCCAUUGAGCUGGUCAACUGGGCAUUGCGGGAAUGUCAGUCACGCAUUGCCGUCUUUGAUGUCAUGGCCGGAGUACCUAUGGCCGUCUUCUCAGAGCGCGUCGCUGUCAAAUCGAAGCUGUUGGCCAAAGGAGUUGUCGAAGCGUCAUGA